GCCCGUGACAAAGCCUUACGUCGAAUUAGUGGAGAGCAGCAAAAACAGAAAGAGCGUCACGAUCGACAACUCAAAGCCACUAUAGAUUUUGAGAUCGGCGAAAAAGUCCUCGUGCUUGAUGCCAGGAAAUUGGGAACACGCAGCCAUAAGCUAACACCCAAAUGGAAGGGCCUGUAUUACAUUCAUUCUAAACUUCCAAAUGGCGCGUACAAGUUAAGAGAAGUUAGCGGGAAUAUAUUCUUCCUAGAAGUCAGCAACGCCAAGUACGAAGUUUUAUCUCCCGCCACUACUACGACACAUCCAUCCGAUGCUAUUAUAUUUUCGAACGGUACAGUGUCGAACAAGUGUACCGCACCACCUUCACCACCCUCGGCAGAAUCAGAUAUCUCAGUCGAGAUGAUUUCGUUUCUCUCCUCACCUAAGAAAUACUCGUGGAACUC